UUGUUUCAAUAAUUUGAUUAAGGGGCCUUUAGGCAAUAAAUUAUUUUGACCAUCAUAAGGCCAAAUACAUCCCUGAUUACCUGUUCUAAUAACGAAAAAUUAGACAAAAUACAUUAAGUUAAGCCCAAAAUGGCUCAAUAAAAUAUUUGUGCUGCUUCCCUUGUUUGUAUACAAAUAGUGAGUUAACAUUUCACGCUAUAAUACGUUAUAUUGUCAUGGCAGACUGUAUGAGAUCAUGUUUUCGGAGGUGCUUAGAUACACCGAAUUUCGCAGGUGGAUACGGCACGUUGGAAGAAAGUUCCGAUUUAAUAAUUUUAGACACAAAACAUAUGGGUCAAGAUGUGGUGCUUGUGAAAAAUGGACAUAGAAUUUGUGGAAGUGGUGGAGCCCUUGCAAAUUAUCCGGUAGUACAAAAUAAAGCUUAUUAUGAAGUAAAACUACAGCAAAGUGGUGUUUGGGGUGUUGGUCUUGCUACUCGUAUGACGGAUCUUAAUCAUGUUCCACUUGGACAUGAUAGUCAGACAUGGGUCUUGACAAGUGAAGGAACAAUUACACAUAAAGGAGAAGUUUUACAUAAACUUGUGGAAAUACCACAAGAAGGUGAUGUACUGGGUAUCACUUACGAUCAUGUGGAGAUGAACUUUUACCUCAAUGGGAAUUCUCUUCAUAGCCCUAUAACAGGAAUUAAAGGAGAGAUGUAUCCUGUGUUGUAUGUGGACGAUGGAGCUAUUCUGGAUGCAACUUUCAACAAGUUUUAUCAUCAGCCUCCCCAGGGUUAUGACAGAAUUAUGGUGGAGAAAUCUCUAUUAUAAAAGAUAUCUAUAAAAAUUUAUUUUCAUGAUUAGUUUGUGUGAAGUUUAGUCAGGAGUCAGCUCCAGUGAAGUACAUCUUGUACAGGAACUUCAAAAUGCUGAUGGAUUACUCAGUGCCAGUGUCAUCAUUCAUGGCUCAGCAGUUUCAGAAUCCAUGAAACCCCUUUUUUUUCACAUAGUUUAUAUAUAUAUAUAUAUAUAUGAUGUGGUGGUGAAAAUCUGGACAUGGAGUAUUUUUUCUCAUUUUAAGGCAGUAUCUCAGGUAGUUAAUGAUUGAAGAUAAAUAAUAUUAAAUUUCACCCUCCCCAAAUCUAUACAUUUUGUGUAACUUCAAAUGUAUUGAAGCAAUAUUUUAUUAAAAUGAUCAAAAACAUUUUCAUAAAUAAAAGUGUUUAGUAAGCUUGUAAAAAUCAAGUACGAUAAUACAACAUUAAUGGAAUGUUAAAUUAUAUGCUAUAAUUGUACUAAAAUAUAUAAUAGUCAUACUAAUACAUUUUCUAUGGCACUAUAGAGAGCAUACUUAUUCAGUAUUGAUAUGUGGCACUUUUGCUCUUGGUAUAAGUAGCACUUUUUCUUUUGUUGUAUCAUUUUAAUGGGCAAUAACCCAGUUUUGUAUAAUUGUCAUUCUGUUUUGUGUUAAUGUAAUAUUAUCACAUUACCAUAAAAAUAACCUUCGAAGUUGUUUUUGGUCCUUACUAGUAAACUACUAUAAUCCUGUACGUGAGAAUGUUCGAAAGUUAUAUUACAUAUAUUAAAUUUAGGUAAUUUAUAGUACUUGGUUUUUAAUUCUCCAACUCUGCUGGUGAUUUUAAGAAAAAAAUGCAUAACUUUCUUAAAACCUUUAUGAAUUAGUGAAACAGAAAACAAGAAAGUACAGGAAAAGGGAAUUAAUCUGUUAUGGUUAUUGUAACAGAUCUUCUAGGUAGUAAGGUUUGUGUUUGGUAGAUUAGCAUGAUCAAAUAAAAGUAGUUACUACUAUAACUAAUAGAUUAUCAUAAUCAAAUGAUUAUUUUUUUAAUUAUUACUUAGACUAUGUUUAUUUCAUAUGUCAUUUAAUAAUUAUUAAAUUAAGCGUCAAUCAAGACAAAUUAUAGUAAUCUAUUUUAGUGAAUAUUUAGUUUUAUACGAAGCUUCCUCAAAGAAUAAUAAUCUUCAUCAGAGACAUUAUUUCAUACCUCUUGAGGUAGUGGUGUAGUCAGUAUGUUGUGGAAUGUACUUAUCAUUGUGAGUUUUUUAUUAUUAUUACCCUAUUCAAUAUGAAAUACAUCUUCUGUUAUACCAAUAAUUUUUUUUUUUAUUAUCAGUAACUUCUUAUCAAAGCAAGCUUCAUAUAUGGAUCAGAAUUAAAUGUUAAUCCAAUAUAUUAUGUUGCUAAUUUAACAUACCAGUCUAGCUAAGAGUGUCCAGUGUCAUAGAAUUAAAAACUUGUAAUGAUUAGAAUACAUUGAUUCAUCAUUUGGUUAUUUUCACUAUGCUUGUAAUUUUUAUUUUUUAUUAAUUAUCCAUUUACUAUCAUUUCAAAAUGUUAUAAACUUAGAUCAGCAGUUGUGUAAGAUUUUGAUGAUAAUUAAGGUGUAUUUUUAAAUGAAUAAAUUCUUAAAGCAGGUUUUAAAUAUGGGACCUUUAUUCUGGAUUUAGAAUGACUUCAAUUUUUUUAUUCAUAAAAAUGAAAUUUUAAUGUUAAACAUUUCUGCAGUAAAAAUAACAAAGGUUUUUUAAAGGUGUUCUUACAUAAUUAAAUACCUUAUUUGAACAAUUGCAUAAAUAACUUAGUUACUUCAGAUAUCUUUUGGAUGAAUUUCUUGUAUUGUGCUAUUUUGAUUGUAAAUAUGUUGAAAAGCAAUCAUAAUGCUGGUGAUAUUGCAUGAAAAUAAAAAAAAAACAGAUUGUAGUUGAA